AUGGAGGGCGAGAAUGGUCUCCUGGUCACGGUCGGGCUCGCCCCCCGAGAAAGUACUGUGAGGAUGGACUUCCUUGUGGUCCGCCUACCUUCGGCCUACAGCGCCAUUCUCGGACGACCAAGGCUAAAUGCUCUCCGAGCCAUGGUCUCGACUUACCACUUGCUCGUACGAUUCUCCACCGACCAAGGAGUAGGCGAAGUUCGUGGAGAUCAGCGGAUAGCUAAGCGGUGCUAUAUGGCAACCCAUAAAGCAAAGCAACCGGCUAAAACUGAGGCACCAAGCCAUGGCGAACAAACUGCCGAGGCGCCAACCGAAACAUCAAAUCAGGCACUGCCCAUUGAAACCUUGGAGGUGCGGGACAAUACUUGGAAGAAACGGGUGGAACCUGGUAAGCUUCUUACUCAGAUUCCUUUACAAGAAAAUUGCCCAAAGCUAACCGUGCAGGUCGGCUCCGGCCUGAGUUCCCUUGAGAGGGACCGCCUGAUCGAGUUCCUCCGGACCAACAUGGACAUCUUCACCUGGUCACCCGCCGACAUGCCGGAAAUCAACCCUGAGGUCAUGGUCCACCGGCUCCAAGUAAAGCCAACCUACAAACCCGUGCGACAGAAAAAACGGGGCUCCGCCCCGGAACGACAACGAGCAGCGGCAGAGAAGGUGGACAAACUUCUCGAGGCCGGCUUCAUUCGGGAGGUCUUCUAUCCGGACUGGCUCGCCAAUGUGGUCCUCGUGAAAAAAGCCAAUGAAAAAUGGCGUAUGUGCGUGGACUACACCGACCUGAACAAGGCCUGUCCGAAGGAUAGUUUUUUCCUUCCCAGCAUCGACUAG